AUGUCUGCCCCAAAUCCAAAAGCUUUCCCAUUGGCUGAUUCUGCUUUGACUCAACAAAUCUUAGAUGUUGUGCAACAAUCCCAAAACUUGAGACAAUUAAAGAAAGGUGCUAAUGAAGCCACCAAGACUUUGAACAGAGGUAUUUCAGAAUUCAUUAUCAUGGCUGCUGAUACCGAGCCAAUUGAAAUUUUGUUGCAUUUGCCAUUGUUAUGUGAAGAUAAAAACGUUCCAUACGUUUUUGUUCCUUCUAAAGCUGCUUUAGGUAGAGCCUGUGGUGUUUCCAGACCAGUUAUUGCUGCUUCUGUCACCUCAAAUGAUGCAUCUUCAAUCAAGAACCAAAUUUACGGUAUCAAAGACAAGAUUGAAACUUUGUUGAUCUAA